AUGGCUAUGUGUUGCAGGAGAUUACCAUUGUGCUUACUGAAGAGACUUUCAGGGCAAAGUGAUGUUAAAGCUUGCCUGUGCACAAACUCAGAUAAUUGUGUGACAGACCAGAGUGUGGAAAACUCGCCAUCAUUUAAAGCCAUAGCUCCAGAUCACCCUCCCAAAAUGGCCUCUGAGAGGAUAGUUCCUGGCAAAGGUCCCCCACCUGAGGAACCAGUCAACUGCUGUAUGAGCGGUUGUGCUAACUGUGUCUGGAUACAGUAUGCUGAAGACUUGACUGAGUACUACAAAGACGGUGGACAGACAGCUUUGAAAGAGCUGGAUAAAAUAGAAAAUAUAGGACUCAAAGCAUUUAUAAAACUUGAGCUGGGGCUUUGA